AUGGCUGAAAGAUGUGCUGAUGUUGCUUCAAUUGCUAGAGAAAUUUUCACUCUGGGUAUUCCCUCCAGCAAGAUAAGGGAUCUGAAGGACCAUCAUAGAAUAUGGGCUAAGAUUAUUCUAGGAUGCAUAAACCACAAGAAGCCAACCAGCUCUCCUGACUACAUAAACAUUGAUCAGCAGUUUCUGAUCUACUUCAUCUCCCAGAAGACUAAGGUGAAUCUGGCUCAUUUGUUGUUCAAUCAUAUGAGGACGAGUGUUAAGGAUACUAGAGAAGAGGAGCGCACUAAAAGGGACUGGAUACCCCUUGGAAGGCUCAUAUCAGAUAUUCUGACAGAGAAUAGGCUGAUAGAGCAUCUAACAGAAGCACAGGAAAUCAGCUCUCUAGAGGCAACUGCUGGGAAGCCUUUAAAUACAAAGAAUCUGAAAAAGAUGAAGAUUAUUGAGAACAUCAGAAAGGAACCCAAUGUUACAUCCUUUGUAACCAUUACAUCUAGAAGAAUCCCUCUGGAUGAUUUCCCUAUGUUCUCAGAAAUUGAUUCCAAGCCUGAGAUUAUCGCUCCAGAAGUUGUGCUGAAGAAGAACAAGAAAAGGAAAGCAGCAACAGAAGGAUCAUCUCAGCGGACUCCUAAAGCUGCUAAAAGGAAAGGUAAUCCUUCUACUGUUAAUGUUUUAGAAUCAAUUACUAUAUCAACAUCUGAACCAAUACCUACCCAUUUAGAAAUUCCUACCCCUCAAACUUUUGAUGAUUUUGACAUAGGUUUUGACCCCUCUGAAACUCUAAGUCUUAGAGGAACUCACUCCCUACCUAUCAAUCCAAAUACUGAAACAACUCAACCAGAACUUGCAAAAGUUCUAUCAGAUAUUGAAACUUUUGACCAAAAUAUUUCUGCUCCCAUACCAGAAAAUCCAAACUCUGAAACCACCUCAGAAGCACCACAACCAGAAAUACCACUACCUCCAUCUCCUCAACAAGAAAUUCAUCCACCUUCUCCACAACCUGAACAAUCACAACCAGAAGUUCAAACUUCUGAGGUCCAACCUUCUGAAUCCUGUGAACCAGAACCUCAUAACAUUCAAUUCAACCAAACUGUUGAUUCUGAUACCAUUCCCAUUCCUGGAAUCACUGAACCUCUGGCCAUCCGUAUGCCCCUGACCAUUCUGGAUAUUCCCCAAAUUCCCUCUUCACUAGAAUCAACUCUACCAAAUUCCCCAACUAGUCUAAUAAUUAUUCCAGACUCUCCCACUCCCUCACCAAAGAACAAUCCAGAUGACAACGCCAAAAAUGUCAUUGAUUUAACUGUUUUUGAACGCCUUGCUGCCAUAACUCACAAAACAGCCAUUCCAAAACCAAAACCAUCUGAACCCACACCAGAUGUUGGUACUAGUUUAAUGAUGUUUGAAACAGAAAUGCAGAAAUGGAUAACCUCCCUAAAGCAAGCUAGUCUUGAGAUGAUUAAUCCUGCUGCUUCAGAUUAUCUUUGGACAAGUUUAAGAAAAUGGAUAAGUUCUGAAACUCAUAAGAUGCAAGAACAGAGCUACGGACAAGUUCAACAGAAUUUCAGUAAUCUGCUAAAGGUAAUUGAAGAUCAAGUUCUGAGCCAACUGCUCAAGGAAGAAGUUCUCCCUCUGGACAAUGCUCCCUGGUCAGAACAUCGUCCAAUAGACAAAGUUCAACCAGAGUCAGAAGGUCUCAUUCUGACUGAUACUCUAGAGCAAAUGAUUCUUGCAGAGGAACUGGUUCAAAAAGAUGGCGUUGCAGGAUGCUCAGAGAAGCAUCCAGUUACUGAAGAUUCUCAAGCUUCCUCUUAUGAAAGGCAGAUUCUAGAAGAACUGAAGAGAGCAGAUAUUAUUAUGCAGGAAAGAAUGGAUAAACAGGAUGAUAAAAUUUCAGAAAUCAAGAGCAUUUUAACCAAACAAGAGGAAACCAACACCCAGAUCAAGGGCUUGUUGGAAACUUUGUUCACGCGCCUUCCUCCUCCAUCUUAG